UUCCUCAUCUUCCUGCACAGCCGUGCUCAUCCCUGCAUUCCUCCAGCACUGCCCAGGUCACACAGACCUCCUCACCUCAUCUAUCCUGUCCCCGGCACCCUGCCACUGCCAGCCCACUGCUCAUGGGCUCUGGUUACAGACCUAUAAAGGGCCAGGAGGAAGCUGUGCUUCCCAGUCCUGCAGUCAUGGGGAGCGGUGCCUUCGCCCUGGUCCUCACCCUGGGCUUGGUGGCCUGCAUCACCCCUGUGGAGAGGAAGUGCCUCCUUUCCGGGUCGUGGCGCAGUGAUGCGGGCUGCAGGAUGGUUGUGUUCACCGUUGGCAAGGACGGUAGCUUCUCUGGUUCCUACCUGCCAGGACCUGCUGCUGGCAACUCCGAAAUCCUCUCCUCACCUCUGAAGGGGUCCCAGCAGGAUGUGGGGCUGGUCCUGCAGCCCAUCUUCUCCUUCACUGUGCACUGGCAGCAUCAAGACUUGGACACAACCCAGAUGAGUGUAUUCCUGGGCCAGUGCUAUGUGGGCACCAAUGGGGAGGAGACCCUGCAUGCCCUAUGGCUCCUGCGAGAGGCAUCCAACAGCCCUGCAGAAGACUGGAAAGCCACACGCAUAGGUAACCCCAUUGGGGUCAACCACAGUGAUCUGGGGUUCCUGCAGGAUUGGCACCAUCAUUUUCACUCGAAUAAGAUAACAGCAAGCAGAGAAGCAGCAGCAAGCAAGCCCAGGAGGCCUUGAACUGCAAGGACACAGCUCUACCCCCAGCCAGGCUCUGCGUCCUCUGUGGUGCUGUAUUUCAGCAGCUCUCAGCCCACAUGUUCCUGCUUUCCCAGGCAAGUUCAGCACAGCGUGAAGGCUGUGCAGCAGGUACACA